CUCCUCGCCGGUAGUUGGCUACUAUACCCCCUCCCUCCCUCUGCCGAGCGACCCAGUCCCCUCGCUCCCUGGAUCUUCUUCCUCCUCGGCCGAGCGCCGCCACCCAUCCCGCUGCCGAGCGCCCAUCGUCUUCCUCCUCGCGCGAGCGCCUCCACCGCAGGAAGGCUUCAAGGUGUUGAACUGGUGGCUGGAGAUAUUUAGGACCAGACUUUGGAUUUUAGAGGUGGUUCUGUUACCUCUAUAGUCUAAUAAUGCUGAGGCAGAGCUCUAGCAGAAACCACAGAUCGAGAGGUCUGAAGCUAAAGAAAGCUCUUCAGAUAAGUCUUUUGGUUAUCGUCUCUGUUUGGUUGCUCUACCAAGUAAAGCAUUCGUACGAAAAGAAGGCGGCAUAUACUGAAAACGAUGCCAAUAACGACACCAGUGACGUGCGUAAAGAUGAUCAGAGCCAGGGGGAUAUCGUCAGAUUGGGCCGGAAGGGCCUGCCGGCAAAGAUGGAGGCCGAUUCAUCAACACUAGAUGAACGGAUAGAGGAUGAAGAUACUGAAGAGAUAGAGCAAGAAAUCAAGCAUGACGAGCAUGACGACGAUCCCAUUGAUGAGCCAGACCUGGACAAGGAUGAUGAUCUUCCUGAGCCUGGUGAGCACUCUGCUGAUAAGGAUGAAGGAUCUGAUGGUGUGGGUGUGUUUGAGGACGAAGAACGGAAGGAGCGGUCUCAGGAGGAUCAAGAGAAGAGUUUCCAUGGUGAUGAUGUAUCUAGUGCUGUUACUCAUGAAACUCCAUUGCAGCAAGAUGAGCUGACCCAUCAUGCCCAGGAGAAAAUCUUAUACGUGGAUGAUGCUUCCUCUGCAGUUUCUAACGAAAACCAGGAACCUGAACACAAGGCGGAGGAAGCUCGCAAGGCCAGGGAGAAGAGUUCUAGAGGUGAUAAUGUCUCAGGUUCUGUGGACCAUGAUGCCCAAAUCACAAAACCUCUCCCAGAGGAACAACUGAAGAGCAUGGAUAGGAUAUUUGAAGGCACCGCCAAUUUAUCAAAUGGAAUAACAUUUCGAGGCCCUGGAGUGAAUGGAACCAAUCCUAUUGAGGAAUAUGGAGCCUCCUCAACUAAUGCAUCUUCCAAUCCAAAUCCGAGCACUCCCAGCAUGGUCUCAGAAAGCCAGACUGAGCCAGCUAUAGUAAAUUUGACCAGCAACCAUACUGGAUCAGAGAGAAGUGAUUCAACUUCUUUGAAAGGUCAACAUGAGCAGCAAAUAAAUUCAGCAGUGGCAUUGGACAAUCAGACACAGCUCUCCACUGAUCUGGCAUCAGCUGAGCUGAAUUCUCCCCCAAAUGGGACUGUGGCUUUGGUUUCAUCUGAUGCCCAGAAGGUCACAUCCAUGGAUGGAGAUAGUGGCACAUCCUCCAGUCAGGUGGAAAAUAAAGUCGACGGAACUCAAAAAGAAGACCUAGAUGUAUCAACAAAAAUCAUGAACACAGCGAUCGGUGAAGGUGAAGUUCUCCCAGAAUGAAGAUCAGGAUCUCUCUCUCUCUCUCUCUCUCCAUCUCUCUUUCUCUUGUUUGCUGCUUCUGGUGCAACCUGUAAGUUUGUAGGAUUUCCAAGAGAUGCAAUGCAAGCAAACUACCUCAAUUGCUGCCCUCCUUUUUGUAUAUGUUUGAUAGGAAGCUGCUUUGUAUUGUCUAGAGGGCAUGAUGUGCAUCAUGAUCUGGGGAAAGCUUGUAUGGAAGGAUCAUUAUACCUGUUCGGCAGCUCUAAAGCUUUGCUGCUGAAAUGCCAACUAUUAGUAGUGAUAAUGUCUUUAGCGCUUUGCUGAUGUCUA